AUGAAUGAAGUAUCGAAUACUGUCGAAAAUCGCCGCCGCGAUCUAAUCGAGAGUGUACGCGUGCGACGCGACGAGAAACGUAAGGUGCUUAAAGAUCAGAUCGAAGCGAUCACGGACGAGAAAAAGAAACUGGCGAAGAUAAAGGUGAUGUCAUGCAAAAAGGAUGUUAAGUGCUCAGAAAGUUUUGUAGGAACUGGAAUCGUGCCAGCUGGAUGUGCGGUCAAUGGCUCGUCAGCUGAAGACCAUGGACACUGGAUGGGAACGUCAGCUGACACAACCACGGGAGAACGCCUUUUUGAAGCUGAACACGAAUUCUAG